AUGUCGGGAGUUGAUCCCUCCAUCGAACUCGUUUUCGGGCCGCCUGUUGCUGGUGUUGAUUUAAAUGAAAGUAUAACGGCGGCAUAUGACAUCGUGUCUUGUGUGGUGCUCGGAAUAGCAGCUGCAGCAGUAUGCUUGCGUUUUUAUGUCCGAACUAUGCGUGGAGCAAAUAGUUUGGCUAUCGAUGACUGGUUUGUUGUCUUAGGACUUGUAAGUCCAGCUCUUUCUCUGAUCGCGAUGACUUCCUUCUGCAUCUUUUGCGAUAGCUCCUAUACCCCGGACAAGAAAAUGAAUACACAGUUUCUAACACUGACGUUUUCUACUCGAAAAGCUGGAGCAUAUGGAUCGGGUACACAUGUGUGGUCGACGACAUUGCCGCGGCUCGUGGUGUUGUUGAAGGUUGUAUUUGCCGAGCCCUGGGUCUACGCUGCAUCCGUAACAUCAACUAAGAUCAGCAUUUUGCUCCUCUACCGGCGAUUGUUCUACACAGGCGAAGGCGACAUGCUAGUUAUUAACCGCAUCUUUACCAUAAUGUACUGGGUUGCCACAACCUUCACCUGCGCCUACCCUAUUAUUAUGUGGAUCGUAAUGGCAGCAGCCUGUCGGCCAUUGAACUUCUUCUGGAUGCAAUACGCCGGCGCGACAGAAGGAAAGUGCAUUAAUACUUUGAUGUUCUUCCUGGUCUUUGGAAUUGUUAACAUGGUCAAUGAUGUUAUCAUCUUGAUUGUCCCGAUUCCUCGAAUUUUAAAACUCCACAUGAACAAACGCAAGAAGUUUUCCGUCGCGGGUAUAAUGUUGCUUGGUAGCUUUGUCUGUGUCGCCAGUAUAGUACGCAUCUACUACCUAACGCUCCUGACCACCGCAGUCGACAUAACAUUCAUCCUUGGCCCCGCUUUCGGGUGGUCUAGUCUAGAGCCCUCAGUCGCAAUCAUCGGCGCCUGUCUACCAACAUAUGCGCCUCUCUUCCGCGGUAUUCGCAACAAGGGCUCGAAUACCGGGACCAGUCAAAAGGGCUCGCACCAUAUAAAUUUGAGCCAGACGCCAAAUUUUCUCAAGCAGCAGUCGCACUUUCGCAUUGAGGAAUCAGACGAAGUCGAGCUGACAAGCAAGAAAAGCUAUUUCCAGAGCACGGGAGGAAGUCGUGAUGGUGAGGGGAGUAUAGAGAGUGAGGACGGGGCGAGGUCAUCAAGAGAUGCGAGGGGAAUCACCGUCACAUCGCAAGUCCAGGUGGUGAGGGAUGUGGCGAGCGUACGACUUGUCCGCUUCCUAGCCAAGAACGGCCGCACAUACUAUGGAGAUGCCAUCCUACCCAAAGGAGUCUCAGACAUCGCGAAAGCUACUCAGGCCAAAGUGAUUACGGGCGAAAUAUUCGGGAAGCAUGAGGUCACAGAUCAAGUACAGGAUAUUCGGCUCUUACUUGCACCUUUAGCAAAUGAAGAUGUUAAGACUGUGAGGUGUUUGGGGUUGAACUAUGAGCAGCACGCUAAGGAGUACAAACCCAUCACAUCUCUUUCCGGCCCUACCGAUCCCAUUCCCAUUCAUCCAAUGGCUCAAGAAGGCGCAGGUCUUGACUACGAAUGCGAACUUGUUGCUGUUAUUGGGAAGUCCUGCUCCGAUGUCCCAGAAUCCAAAGCUUUAGAUUAUGUUCUCGGUUAUGCCGUAGGUGACGAUGUAUCGCAUCGGGAAUGGCAAAUUCAACGUGGAGGUGGUCAAUGGGCGCUCGGAAAGGGAUUCGAUGGAUGGGCCCCUUACGGUCCGGGCAUUGUCUCCAGUCAAUUGAUCAAAGAUCCGCAAAACCUUACGAUCUUUACAAAAUUGAAUGGGAAGACAGUACAAGAAAGUAGUACGAAGGAUAUGAUUUUCAGUGUGGCCAAAACCAUUGCCUUUUUGAGUCAGGGAACUACAUUGCUACCCGGUGAUUUGAUUUUUACUGGAACUCCACAAGGUGUAGGAAUGGGAAGAAACCCACAGGUAUGGUUGAAGGAUGGUGAUGUGGUUGAAGUUGGUCUAGAAGGUGUAGGCAGUUGCAUCAACAAGGUUGAGUUUACCCAGACCAAAGAGAAGGCGAAGUUAUAG